CCACCCUCUGUACCUGUGCAAUGCCAGCGAUGACGACAAUCUGGAGCCUGGAUUCAUCAGCAUCGUCAAGCUGGAGAGUCCCCGACGGGCCCCCCGCCCCUGCCUGUCACUGGCCAGCAAGGCACGGAUGGCGGGCGAGCGAGGAGCCAGUGCUGUCCUCUUCGACAUCACUGAGGAUCGAGCUGCUGCUGAGCAGCUGCAGCAGCCCCUGGGGCUGACUUGGCCGGUGGUGUUGAUCUGGGGUAAUGACGCCGAGAAGCUGAUGGAGUUUGUGUACAAGAACCGAAAGGCGCACGUGAGGAUUGAGCUGAAGGAGCCCCCAGCCUGGCCAGAUUAUGACGUGUGGAUCCUCCUGACGGUGGUGGGCACCAUCUUCGUGGUCAUCCUGGCUUCGGUGCUGCGCAUCCGGUGCCGCCCCUGCCACAGCAGGCCGGAUCCCCUGCAGCAGCGAACAGCCUGGGCCAUCAGCCAGCUGGCCACCAGGAGGUACCAGGCCAGCUGCAGGAGGGCCCAGGUGGAGUGGCCAGACUCAGGUAGCAGCUGCAGCUCAGCCCCCGUGUGUGCCAUCUGCCUGGAGGAGUUCUCUGAGGGGCAGGAGCUACGGGUCAUUUCCUGCCUCCAUGAGUUCCAUCGCACCUGCGUGGACCCCUGGCUACAUCAGCACCGGACUUGCCCCCUCUGCAUGUUCAACAUCGUAGAGGGAGAUUCAUUUCCUCAGUCCCUGGGACCCUCCCGAUCUUACCAAGAACCAGGCCGGAGACUGCACCUCAUUCGCCAGCAUCCUGGCCAUGCCCACUACCACCUUCCUGCUGCCUACCUGAUGGGCCCUUCCCAGAGUGCAGUGGCUCGGCCCCCAAGACCUGGUCCCUACCUACCGUCCCAGGAGCCAGGCAUGGGCGCUCGGCACCACCGCCUCCCCAGAGCUGUACAUCCCCGGGCUUCAGGCGAGCAGCAGCGCCUGGCAAUGGCCCAGCACCCCUAUGCACAGGGCUGGGGGCCGAGUCGCCUCCGAUGCACCUCCCAGCACCCCACGCCUUGCCCAGGGCCCCCACGCCGGGCCAGACCUCACGACAGCAGUGGAUCUGGAGAAAGCUAUUGCACAGAACGCAGUGGAUACCUGGCAGAUGGGCCAGCCAGUGACUCCAGCUCAGGGCCCUGUCAUGGCUCUUCCAGUGACUCAGUGGUCAACUGCACAGACAUCAGCCUGCAAGGCAUCCACGGCAGCAGUUCUACUUUCCGCAGCUCCCUGAGCAGUGACUUUGACCCCCUGGUGUACUGCAGCCCUGAAGGGGAUCCGCACAGGGAGGAGAUGCAGCCUAGCAUAGCCUCUCGGCCCCGUUCCUUGGACUCAGUGGUGCCCACAGGGGAAACCGAGGUUUCCAGCCAUGUCCACUAUCACCGCCACCGGCACCACCACUAUAAAAAGCGGUUCCAGUGGCAUGGCAGGAAGCCUGGCCCAGAAACUGGGGUCCUGCAGUCCAGGCCUGCUGUUCCUCGGACACAGCCCCAGCCAGAACCACCUUCUCCUGAUCAACAAGUCAUCAGAUCCAGCCCAGCAGCCCCUUCAGGGCAGCUCCCCAACCCACAAUGGCCCAGGGCCCUCCCUGAGCCUGCCCCUGGCCCAGCUGAAGCCUCCAGCCCCUGCCCCAGUCCCAGCCGUCUCUUCAACUUACAGAAAUCCAGCCUCUCUGCCCGACACCCGCAGAGGAAACGGCGGGGUGGUCUCUCGGAGCCCACCCCAGCCUCUCGGCCCCAGGACUUGACUGUGCACCCAGCUUGCCAGAUUUUUCCCCAUUAUAGCCCCAGCCUGGCAUAUUCCUGGUCCCCAGAGGCCCACCCGUUGAUCUUCGGACCUCCAGGCCUGGACAGGAGGCUGUUACCAGAAGCUCCAGGCCCCUGUUACUCAAAUUCACAGCCAGUGUGGCUGUGUCUGACUCCACGCGGGUCCCUGGGACCACACCCGCCUGGGGAGGGGCUUUCUGAAUGGAGUUCUGACAACCCAGCAGGCAGGCCAUGCCCUUACCCACACUGCCAGGUGCUGCCAGCCCAGCCUGGCUCAGAGGAGGAGCUCGAGGAGCUGUGUGAACAGGCUGUGUGAGAUGCUCAGGCCUAGCUCCAACCAAGAGUGUGCUCCAGAUGACUUUGGGCUCUACCUGGCACAGAGUCCUGCUCCUGGGAAAAGAAAGGACCUUGGCAAACACCUGUCUUUUUGCCACACUUUCUGGAAGCACUGGAAGAGGACUGGUGAUGGUGGGGGGGCGGGAGGUGCUGUUUCCUGCUCCCAGCUCUAGACCUUGUCUGCAGAACACAUCUGCAGUGCAACAAGUCUGUGUCCAGCCAGGCAACCAGCUACUGCCUGUGUGCAUGUGUGGGCUGGAUCCCUUGAAGGCUGAGUUUUUUGAGGGCAGAAAGCUUGGUAUGGGAACUAGGUAUUACAGAGGUGCUGCUCCUUCCCCCAGCUCUACUAGGUCUCCAGGCCUCAUGUUCAUACCAGCCAAUGGGUUCAGUGGAAUGCAUGAUCCCUUAUCACCUCCUUCCUCAGCUGAGCUUUGCACACCAGCUUUGGCCCCUCCAUGGUAAAGCUGCUACAUCAGGGGCAGCCCCAGCUCUAACAUUUUCCUUCUUUGCCAAAAGGACCAGGAGCAUAGGUGAGCCCUGAGCCCUAAACAGAGGGAUCUCUGAAGCUUCUUCGGGUAGUAUCUGCCUUGGUGCAUAAUGGAGGAUGUUUCCCCCUUCUUAUCCUUAAAUGGUUCUUAAAUUGUCAGAGCCACUAUAUUAAGUCACAGUGCAGGCUCUGGGAAGCCAAGGUGUGGAGUUCUAUCACUGAGGUGGGGCCAGCACCUUGAAGAACCUGGGAUGAAGCUGCUGAUCUUCAAACUCCCUUGCGAUCCAGCAGCCCCAGUUCCUCGGGAGCUUGGGAGUGGGGAUAGCG